UUCGACAGUACCAAGGGCUUACACUAACUAGCACAGCACUUGGAGCAAAUGGCGACGAUGCUGAGGAGCACCGCCGGCACCUGGGGGAACGUGGGUUUCACCACGUUGCUCGUUCGGAGGUUGAGUCACGUUAUGGCUCUCCCUCCGCCGUUGGAUGCUCCCAUCCACCGUGAGCUCACAUCUCCACCGCCCGUUUUGCCUGAGUCAGACAACAACAACAACAACAACAACAUAGGAUUCGGAUUUGAGUUCCCAAGUUUCUCCUUUGGGGGAUCUAUGGAGCUUAUGGCUGUCCCCAAGAGGAAGGUUUCUCCCCAUAAGAGAGGCAUAAGAAAUGGGCCAAAGGCUUUAAAACCUAUCCCUGUGAUUGUACGGUGCUUGAGCUGUGGUCGGGUCAAGCUGCCACACUUCUACUGUUGCAGCGGAAAGAGGGAAGGUGUCGGUGAGCAAAACGAUUCAUCCAGAUAAUCAAGUUCUCAGAUACGAAUUAUCAAACCUUGGUGGACUACUAGAAUUUUAAAUGUUUGGUUUGAACAAAGCUUUCAUGAAGUAGUUGGAAUUUAUAUUUCAUCUUUCUUGUAGGAAUGCAGGUUAUGUUGACCUUGUUAUGUUUUGCACCAAUCCACAUUUCUACUAAAUUUUUAUUGUGUUAAAACCUCAUCCAUUGAAGCUGGGAGUGUGGAUGAUUAGAUUGGUUAACUAGGUCUCUGCAAACUGGAGUAGUUAUAUAAGCAGAAUAUUGAGGGGGUGUACACUUUUCCCAGAGUUCAAGCAGUUAAAUUUUCUGUGUGGAA